UGCGGUGAACGUCCAAGUCCAUCCUGCUGUUCUGUGUCUAUGGGCUGCGGGGGGAGACCGGAGAGAAGACCCCGGGAAGCUGCACCUGGACCGUAACCAACACCGACUGAGCUACCGGUAAUAACCCAGGUCCUCCUCACAGCAGACACAUGUACGGCGUGCGCAGGACACGUAACACCAGACACAGCCGUCAGCAGGAAUACAGGGUUGAUAAUAUGGAUCGCUUCACCAUUUGUGAGUGGUUGCACCAUAAUACAUGGAAAUGCUAUGGUAAUCCAACCUCCUAAAACAGUUGCCUGCUGAACACCAUAAACUGAAUUCACCAUGAGGCCAAAAACUUUCCCCACCACCACGUAUUCUGGAAACAGCAGGCAGAGACUGCAGGAAAUCCGUGAGGGAUUGAAACAGCCAUCCAAACCACUGGCUCAGGGGAUAUCUGUUGGAUCUGCCAACGACAACCUAAUGGACUCUAAGGUUCUCCCUGGAAAAGACGCAGGAAGACAGCAGCAACAACAGCAGCAGCUGCGGCAGCCGGCCAAGUUUGCACCCUACCAAAAGGCUCUUCGGGAGAUUCGCUACUCCCUUCUACCCUUCGCCAAUGAAUCUGGAAACCUGGCGGCGGUAGAGGUGAAUAGGCAAAUGCUGCAGGACCUGGUGAAAGUGGGCUGUGAUCAGGAAAUGGCGAUACGCGCUUUGAAGCAGACGGGGAGCCGGAGCAUUGAGGCAGCCCUGGAGUUCAUCAGUAAGAUGGGAUAUCUGGACCCCAGAAAUGAGCAGAUUGUCCAAGUGAUCAAGCAGACAUCACCAGGUAAAGGUCCAUCCCCAAAUAAUGUUCUUCAUCGGUCAAGCUUUGAAGGACCAAAUGAACCUUUUCCUCCAUAUCAUCCAAUGAAUAAUGCCUAUGACGGGCCAAGUUUUCCUGUUGAAGGUGCCAAUGUUCUUAAUGAUGUUCCACGGCAAUACAUGGACUACUUGCUUUCUGCACCCCAGCCAGGCGCAAUGAAUGGACCAUCUUCAAGACCUACUACUGCAGGUCAUCAGCACCAACAGAAGGCCUAUGCCACCAGUGUAGAGUCUGUUGCAAUGAAUUACACUAUUCCCAACCAGGGACUACCCAUACAGGCUCCUCAUACAUCAAAUAGCCCACACUAUGCCCGUCAGCAUCUUAUAGUACAAGGGGAACCUAUGGGUUACGGAGUGCAAAGAACCCCAUCGUUUCAAAACAAAAUGCAGCAAGAUGGCGGCUAUGUUAAUAUUCAAAACAAAGGACCAGUGGCACAAACCAGCCCAGGCCAUACGUUUCAGCAAGCACCAGCCGCUUUGUACAUGCCGCACCCCCACCACAAGCAGUCAAGUCCUUCUCACCAAAUGCUUGUCAUGUCUAGAGGGUCUCCAUAUACAAAUGAUUUUCCUGACUCUCCUCAGAACCUCCUUAAUCAAAAUAGCAUGAAUAUGGAAAUGUAUGAUAUGGGAGGUAUGUGGCAAAAUCCACAGUCCCGACGCGAUUCUCUCCAAGGUCCUGGCAUGGAAUCCUCAGCACGACAACACAUCCCCUUCAGACCAGAGUCGCAGGUACCAAGCCGCACUAACUCCUUUAAUAACCACCAGCAACAAAAGCAGGUCCAGAUGUGGCCAACUCCUCAAAACAAACCAGAUACUUCUAUGGCCUCACCUACCAUCACAACCGUGACAUCUGCCCACAUACUUCAGCCAGUAAAGAGUAUGAGGGUGAUGAGACCAGAACCUCAGACUGCAGUAGGUCCAUCUCACCCUGCCUGGUUGGCUUCACAAGCAGCUGUCGCAGACAAUCUAGAGAAGAUGGAGCCCCAUCCAAUAUCUGUUGGUGGUCCAGGUGCUUAUGGGAUUGAGGCAGAAUAUAACAAUCAGGAUAUGAGAUUUCCACCACCUCCUUACCGAACGCACCUUUUUCACUCAGAACAGCAUGAGAUAAACGCCUUAUGCAAAGGAGUGGAGCAGAAUAUGCGGGUUGUGGACACCGUGACAAGUAGUCAAGCGGAGGAAGCCAAUGGUGACGUAAAACACGAGAAAUCAAGUAAAUCUUCUAAACCCAGUAAGCCUGGGAAGGAUAAGAAGCAGAUACAAACGUCACCUGUACCAGUGCGUAAAAACAGCAGGGAUGAGGAGAAGAGGGAGUCCAGAAUCAAGAGCUACUCACCAUUUGCCUUCAAGUUUUACAUGGAACAGCAUGUGGAGAACGUUCUCAAAACCUACCAGCAAAAGAUUAAUAGGCGGCUUCAGCUGGAACAAGAGAUGGCCGAGGCUGGACUCUGUGAAGCGGUGCAAGAGCAGAUGAGGAAAAUCCUUUACCAAAAAGAGUCAAACUACAACAGGCUAAAAAGAGCCAAAAUGGACAAGUCCUUAUUUGUGAAGAUUAAGACGCUGGGCAUAGGUGCUUUCGGAGAGGUGUGUCUGGCCAGCAAAGUGGACACCAAUGCUUUAUACGCAAUGAAGACCCUGAGAAAGAAGGAUGUUCUGAAUAGGAACCAAGUGGCCCAUGUAAAGGCCGAGAGGGACAUCCUGGCGGAGGCGGACAACGAGUGGGUGGUGAAACUCUACUAUUCCUUCCAGGACAAAGACAAUUUGUACUUUGUGAUGGAUUACAUCCCUGGAGGAGAUAUGAUGAGUCUUCUCAUACGCAUGGAGGUAUUUCCAGAACACUUGGCCAGGUUUUAUAUUGCGGAGUUGACUCUGGCCAUCGAGAGCGUCCACAAGAUGGGAUUCAUCCACAGGGAUAUCAAGCCGGAUAACAUUCUCAUAGAUCUAGAUGGACAUAUCAAGUUAACAGAUUUUGGACUUUGUACUGGGUUUAGAUGGACACAUAACUCAAAAUACUAUCAGAAAGGGAAUCACAUUCGCCAGGACAGCAUGGAGCCCAGCGAGCUGUGGGAUGACGUGUCCAACUGCAGAUGUGGAGAUCGGCUGAAAACGCUGGAACAAAGGGCUAAGAGACAACACCACCGAUGUCUGGCUCAUUCCCUAGUAGGGACCCCUAACUAUAUUGCCCCAGAAGUCCUCCUGCGUAAAGGGUACACACAGCUCUGUGACUGGUGGAGUGUGGGCGUCAUCCUAUUUGAAAUGCUGGUCGGACAGCCUCCUUUCCUUGCACCCAACCCAACUGAAACGCAACUGAAGGUAAUAAAUUGGGAGAACACGCUUCACAUUCCCUCCCAAAUCAAACUUAGCCCAGAGGCCACAGAUGUGAUCACUAAACUUUGUUGCGCAGCGGAGAACCGACUCGGCAGAAACGGGGCAGAUGAAAUCAAAGCUCAUCCAUUCUUUAAAUCCAUUGACUUCUCUUCUGACAUUCGGCGGCAGCCAGCACCUUAUGUCCCUAAAAUAAGCCACCCAAUGGACACGUCCAACUUUGAUCCAGUGGAUGAAGAAAGCCCUUGGAAUGAGAGCAGGGACAGCACUAUGGCCUGGGACACCCUCAUGUCUCCGAAUAACAAACACACAGAACACGCUUUCUACGAAUUUACCUUCAGAAGGUUCUUUGAUGAUAAUGGCUACCCGUUCCGCUAUCCAAAGCCAUCGCGAAUGGAGCCCGCCCCAUGUGAGGAAUCGAAGGAAGAAAAUCAAGAGGCAGAGUCAGGUGAAACAGAAAAUUGCCAACCCGUCUAUGUAUGAAAUGGUGACUUUUUGGGUAUUAAAUAUCUUUUGCAGAGAAGCUGGUAUCCAUGACUGAUGCCCAUUUCUGUCUGCAGAGAGUUCUCUGCCUCCUGCCAUAAAACUGAGGCGCUGAGAACAUGCCACUCAUCAGGAUGGACGGAGGAGAGCCUUUAAUAUGAGACAGACUCAUGAUGAGCUCCCAGCAAAUAACCAAAGACAAUGGUACCUUUACCAUGUGGUGCCUUCUUGGCAACAUCGUAGAACGGUGCCCUCUAAUGCAGCACAGUUUAUUCUUUUCCUGCAUAGCAAUAAGCUAUCGUUUUCCAGCGAAGUCUUUCAACCAGACAACUUUAGCGUCUUGGGCCUGGAAAAUAUUCUAAUAUGAGGCCGCAUCUUGGAUCAUUUUCUAAAACAGUGACAAAGGGGGUCCAGCAUUUAAAAAAAAAAAAAACACACAGAUAUUCUGUGUGUUGUGGCUGAACUGUGACGUGCAGGUGGCGACCACCGCCGGGGUCGACUGCAGUGUGGGAAAGAGGAAAUCCGCUGCUAUUACCUAUAGGUUCAGAAAUAUUUUUACGGAUAUUGAAGGAGCGUAUUCUGCUUAUUAUUAUUAUUAUUAUUAUUAUUAAUAUUAUUAUUUUUAUUUUUUAAUACAAACUUUAUAUAUCUUAA